GUCACACUCUCUACAGUAGGCCGAAUACUUUCGGUCAAAUUGACGACAAAUUUAAACAAUAAUGUCGGCCCACAGCGGCGGAACGGAUUGGAAUUCCGUGGUAAAAGCUCUGCUACUUAAUCGUACAGGAGCUCUCAACAAAAAUGAAGUAGUUAACCUGCUGAAAGCAAUAACGCGUUGCGAACAUGAUUUUUUCGAGGAGGAAAGCAAUUUCACGCAGUUUUACACGGCCUUUGCGGCCCUGGCGGCGGACAAACUUAUGCAAAUCAAAUCGAUUUGCCAGACGCAGAUUUGUCAGCUACACGAUGCCACCGCCGUGCUCAUCCGGUUUAUCAUCUACAGGCUGCCCAGAGUUUCGGUCUAUGAGACAAAAUGGCUCCUGGGCGCUCUCAAGAUGCUCUGCGAGGGGCGGGAGAGUCCUUCAUCUUCCUCCUCCACUACGUCGACGACCAUGUUCGACUACAAUGCGGUGGCCAAUGUCCUGAAGAGCUGCAAGCAUCCUGAGUCGAACACCAAGAGCAUCCUGCCCAGCAGCAGUUCGUCUGGAAGCGGCGCCAGCAACGACAAGGAGUCACCCAAGUCGGAGAUCAAGCGAUCCCGCUCGGACCUGUCCUCGGUUAUUCUGCAACAACUGAUUGCUCCUCUGGAGCCGGGCAAGAUAACUUGGGUGCCGCUCAGCGAGGAGGUCACUGACUGCACUGAACAACUUCUGGCGGCCAAUGUGGAGUAUUUCCAAGAGCAAAAUGGAGUUGAUACCCUGCUGGACGUGUGUGUUAGCCUGCCCAUACUGAAUCGCUACCGCUCCAAAUAUAUGGAGACCAUCAAUGGCGGAAAACCCCUUUAUUUGCCUCUAACGCAGGUGGAGGCCACCACUGUGAAGUCGAGCAUGAAUCACAUGCUCACUGAUCUCACCAUUUUGAGUCAGGCUCAUGCUUUGAUUGUGCUGCAGCCUCUCACUCCCAAUCGGAUUGAACGUCUCUCCAUGUGUGGCAUUGCUGCCCUUUACAAUGCCGUGUUGACUUCGAUUGCCACCAGCGUACUCGGGAUGAGCCAGGCGGGGAGCUCCCAGAAGCAGCAGACUGCAUCCACCAGUCAGGGCAGCGGAGGUGGUUCAAGUACUGGACAGAUUAACAAGGACCAUGACGACUUCGAAGAGCAGGCCUGCAACAUUGUGAACAAGGCCUUGGAGAUCUACUCCAACAUUGGCGAUAUGUUCAAAUCGUCGGCCAGGAUUCAUGUGUAUCAGAACCAUCUCUGCUAUGGCAGCUGGCUGCUCAUAAGCGGCAUCCAAGGUGCAAUGGGCGCCUCCGGAAGUAGUGGAACCAGCUCGGAGUCUUCGUCUAAAUCGGCCUCUAAGGCGGCCAAAACUGGAAGUGAAGCAGGAACUGCUCCCACCACUCCAAUAGCCAGAGUCAACUUAUUUAAAGUUCAGCAAGGAUUCGGAGAACUCAAUGCAGCCAUUGCUAACCACAGCAUCAAACUGCUUUCAGAGUUAAUCGACGACCUGAAGAUCGAGUCCGCUUGUGGACAGAGUCCCGAGUCAACGGAGCUGCCGGAGCCGGCGCAGUUCGACAUCUUACAGAACUAUAGUUCGCUCGAGAGGAUUGUGCGGGUUCUCAACACGGCCACUCUGCACCAACUAUUUACCUUCCUGGCCACAGUGGCUUAUCGCAAGGCCUGCACUUUGAGGCGAGCUUCUGCUAAGGAUCGAACGGAAUGUGAACCCAUCAGCUACUCCGAUUCCACGACGUACUAUAACGACUCUCUCUCGUGCUCGGACAACUCCGAGGAGGACGACAGCGAGAGCUACCUGGGGCACUGGUUUAAGGAGACGCUCUCCCCAGAAACGCACGACGACAAUGCAAACACAUCCCCACAAGAGCGUGGCGAACAGAAGAGCGCCCUGGUGCCCAAACUGGAUGAGCCACAUGAAUAUCUUGAUUUGGCGGCGGACAUCUUCUGUUUCCUGGACCAAUUUCUGGCGAAUCGGCACGCCUACAUGCAGCGCUAUGUAAAGGCGGGAGUCAGUGACCAGCAAAUGCUGUUAAUGGCCAACAUAAUCAAGGAUUUCGACCGCGAUGUCAUGCGCAACGAGAGCGAACAGGUGUCGGGAAAUGCCUCGGCUGCCAAUGCAGGAGCGGGAUCCUCUGCAGUGGCUUCCGCCAAGUGGCAGACCUCGAUGAUUCGCUUUUCGGGAGCUGCAGGACGCUACAUCCACAACUUGAUCUCAACCUCUCUGUUGUCCGAGCAACUUCAAUCUAAUCUGCUGCAACACUUGGCCAUAUCGCCUUGGUCGACCGAUACCAACACCUGGCCCCUUCAGGUCUAUCCGAGUACCUUGUCCGUGCUGGUGCAAAUUCUUUUGCUGAAGCCCACCCAAGAGAAGGAGGCCGCCUGCCUGUCCGUUUGGCACCGUCUCAUCAAUACAUUGGUCGAGGGAGUCUGCUCUUGGAGCACGGCCAGUGAUUCGGAUUACGAGGACUUGAACAUUGAGCACGCCCAACUGCUGCUCUUCCUGUUCCACUCGCUCAAUCUAAUGCAAAAGAAAUCCAUCCUGCUUCUAACGGCUGGAGGAGUUAUCCGUUGUGCUGAAGUUUGUCGCGGAAUUAGUGAUCGCGGCGAUCGGCCCGUAAGGAACAGUCAAAUGAUGCUACUGUCCCGCUUGCUGCUGUUUUUGGAGUACCUUAUGAAGCACUUGUACAACGCUCCUCCGGAAUUGCUAGAUCAGGUGCGCUGGAAUCUCUUCAGUGUUAGCAGCAUGCCGGAAACCCAGAAGAUCACGGAUCUACUGAAUAGCCGUACCAAACUGAAUUCCUAUUGCCGUCAGGAUAUAGAGGAGAAGUUCCGCAAGUCGGCUGGCGAAUAUGGAUCGGCCAUUCGUCCAACGUUCUACUCCCUGGUAAUGGGCGAUCCUGAGAAACCCUAUUGGGCUCAGGAGUUCAAGUUGGAUGGCUUGGCCUGGAAUUUUAUUCUCUGCACGCCGGACAAGCUCAAGUAUCCGCUUCUGGUGGAUGCUCUCACCGACAUUCUCUCCAUCGCCGACAUGUCCGUGUACUCCAAAGACAAGGAGAAGGAGGCCAGCAUGCACAAUCUGUGCGCCAUGCAGUACUGCUUUGGCAUUGCCUGGAAAUUGGUUUUGGGUCUGCCGCCUUCCACCUCUCACGUGGAGUCCCUAAAGGUGGAGCGUUCACCCAACCUGCACUCACUGAUCUGGAGUAUACGCUGCCCCCUGGCCAGCUCGCACUACCUGGUGGUCAACAGCCUAAUCAAGCAGGGAAUGUAUACCCAAUACGCCGAAACUCUGUGGAACCAGGUGGGCGAUAUUGCAGCCGAUAUGAAGUAUAGUCUCAAGCAGACCAUUCUUGGUGUUGAAACAUUCAAUUGCCAGAUGAACGGUAACGGAACUCCCCGUCUCUCCGAUCUCAUCCUAUUCGAUGCUUUGGUUGCUCACAUGCAGGCGGUGGCCUGGGCGAACAAGGAGGGUUACAAGUGGCCGCGGAAGGAGAGCGAUGACGCUUCCAGCGAGCAGUCCACAGCACAUGGAACUUCGUUAACUAGCUCGUCCAACGAUCUGGAACUGUACUCCUCGGAUGAGUCCAUUGAUGAGCAGAAAUCAAAACACGAAGAUGAGGGAAGGCUGCCCAGUGAUCUGCAGAAGCAUAAUCAACUUGUAAACGAGCUAAUGAUAAAGCUAAUGAGUUCCUACCGCCUUCUUUCGGUUAUUGUGCGUGGCCAGAUGCUGAAGCAGUUAUCCAGCUCCACUCCCGAGCAAGCAUUGAAUCUGAUUGUGCCCAUUGUGAGCGAUAAGCCUGCGAUUAUGUUGGAAUUGCAUGCGGCCUUUCUGAAACUCCUGCCCAACGAGGACAAACAAUUGAUAGCGAACGAGUGGCCGAAAUGCCUGAUGGUCAACGAUUCCGCCUUCGAUGGCAAGCAGCAUCCAGUGGAGCCAUACACCUUGAACGUAAUAGAUGCACACAUCACGGAAUUGACGCGAGGAGCCAAUUACUCCACCCUGCACACUCUGAAACAUUGUUUGAAGUCAAUCCUGCACUUGUUCGAGCUGCUGCUACCACACUGCUCCGGCAACACGGAGAUAGAGGCUCAGCUGAAGCUCUUGCUCAUUGCAUCCAUGCUGGACAUGCGAACUGAUUACCUGCAGGGACAAAGCGAACAGUGCCUGCGGGAGAUCCUCAGUGGUCUUACUUUGGAGGCCCAAAAGCUGUUGCUCUAUGAGCACAUGAUUGGAUACUGCUAUCGCAUGCUGAAAGACUUUGCAGCCGAUCUCCGACAGCCAAAGGACGGAGGUGCAGCUCCUCUGGAUCAGGAUCGGGCCAUUUUUAAUGAGUCCAUGCUGUUUGCGGUGCUCAAAACGAUGAUCAAGAUGCUCGAAAAGCCGGUGGCCGUGCAGGCAAUGCGACAGUUCUUCAAGGAUCAGCGUUCUGGAAGUCUUACCACCCUGCUUCUCUCUUUCACGGGCACUAGUCUACCCGUCAGCUACGCCCGCAAGAUGCUGCAGUUUGUUGAGCGUCUUUUCCAGCAAUCCUUGCAACCGGACUCGCAGUUCCAGCACGAGGAUCUCGUUGAGUGCUUCUCCGAGCUGGCCACUGUCGAUGUGGCUCGUUUAAAGCUCUGGCUGGCCCACAUUAUCUACGGUCCCAAUGUGAGCACGGAUGUGAGCACCUCUGAGGCAUUGGACACCACCUGCCGAAUGCUCACGAGCAUUUUGCAGCCAUCGAGCAGUUCUAGCAGCAAUGCCCAGACCCCGACGAACAUGGCCACCGUUUCGGCCAUGCCAAGCAUCUCCGACCAGCUGGACGCCAUGGAUAUUGACUACGACUCCGGCACUGCAGCAGGAGGUGGCGAAAGCGGCGCAGGUGCAGGAGGAGCUGCAGCCAACACCUCUCGGAUUCUGAGCUUGUGGCAAGCGGCGCAACCGAAUCCCUCUGAGGACUCUUCCCAGGCAUGUGAUCACUCGGGAGGCGAGCGAAAUGGAGCACUCCUCUUGAGCUUCGUCAAAUCCUUGGUGAAAGAUCAGAACAAAGCAGCGCAGAUAGCUCCACCACUUUUCCAAGCAUUGCUGCAGCUGGGACAGACAUUGAUUUCCCCACCACAAGAUGGGUGCGACUUUGCGGAUGUGCUGCAGAUAAUGAUCACCCUGGCGGACGCCACCCCAGCACGUGGUCAUGUGGCGCUGUUCAAUACCACGCUCCUCUGGCUGGAACUGGCCAAGUUGCAGCUGCCGGACAAGCAUCUAAAGCAUGCGGAGAAUGUUAGCGCCCAGCUGCGCUAUCUCAGCGAACUCCUGCAGAGCAUUGGCUUCCGAGGCAGUCGCCAGCACAUCCCACCUUGGGAUGACGAACUGCAAACCGAUAUCGAUGAUCUGUACGACGAGCUGGCUGAGGAGGGUGAGCAGGACUCGUUGCGGGACGACUCCGACGAGGACACGCUGAACAACAAGUUGUGCACCUUCUCGCAAACGCAAAAAGAGUUUAUGAACCAGCACUGGUACCACUGCCACACGUGCAACAUGAUCAACACCGUUGGCGUGUGUUCCGUGUGCGCCAGGGUUUGCCACAAGGGACACGAUGUGAGUUACGCCAAGUACGGAAACUUCUUCUGCGACUGCGGCGCCAAGGAGGAUGGAUCCUGCCAGGCGUUGAGCAGGCGGCUUGGAAGCAGUGAGGCCAGGGAUUCAGUUGGAGUGGGAAGCUACCUGCCAUCGCACAUGAGCUUGCUGGCCGGAAAGAAGCGGAGCAGCCCACCUGUUACGCAGCCUGCUCCUGCGAGAAAGGAUUCGCUGACCAGCGAACGCAUCGUGGUGCUCAGCAAGCUAUUGGAACCCUAUCGCGAGACCCUGCAGCACCAGGAUCAGUGGCUGUUGGUGGUCAAAUGCAUUCUGGAGUACUUUGACGUGCUGCUUCCCUCGAUAAAGGAAAACUGCACCCUGUACUCGAUUGUGGGUUGCCACAAAAGGGCAACCGCUGCGCUGGAGCGUCUGCACCAGCUCGAGCAGAGCUUCCAGGUGACGGAUCAGCUGAUGUUCGCCACUCUGGGAUCACAAGAGGGUGCCUUCGAGAAUGUGCGAAUGAACUACUCGGGCGACCAGGGCCAGACCAUAAAGCACUUGAUAUCCUCCGGAGUUGUGCGACGUGUGGCAUUCUGUUGCCUGUCUUCGCCGCAUGGACGUCGCCAGCAGUUGGCCGUGUCGCAUGAGAAGGGAAAGGUGACCAUCCUGCAGCUGUCGGCGCUGCUCAAGCAGGCAGACGCCUCCAAGAGGAAGCUGACUCUCACCCAACUGAGUUCUGCUCCCAUCGCUUGCACCGUUCUCUCUCUGGCUGCCAAUCCCUGCAAUGAGGACUGCCUGGCCGUUUGCGGCCUCAAGGAGUGCCAUGUGCUCACCUUCUCGAGCAGUGGCAGCACCAAUGAACACAUUGUGGUGAGUCCCCAGCUGGAGAAUGGGAACUACAUCAAGAAAGCCGUUUGGUUGCCUGGCUCCCAGACUCUCCUGGCCAUUGUCACCUCGGAUUAUGUAAAGAUUUACGAUCUGGCCGUGGAUUCAUACAGCCCCAAGUACUAUUACCUGGUGGCCGUGGGCAAGAUUAGGGAUUGCACGUUCAUGUACCAGGAUGGCAACUACUACAUGCUGAGCUUCGCCAGCAGUGGAUACAUAUACACCCAGCAGUUGGACCAACAAAGUUUGGCCAUCCACGGCGACUUUUACGUGACCAACACCCUGGAGCUGAGUCACCAGCAUAUCAAGGACAUAAGUGGCCAAGUUGGCGGUGGUGGAGUGUCCAUCUACUACUCCCACACGCUGCAGCUGCUCUUCUACAGUUACUCCUCGGGCAGGAGCUUCUUCUCGCCACUGACCAAUGUGAACGAGGGUGUGAAGGGAAUCUACCACCUGGACACCAAUCCGGCCAGCAAGUCCUCCUCGAAGGGACCUCUCCAGCCGCUGGUCCAGUGGACGGAGGUGACCGGUCACCCCGGACUGGUUUACGCCAGCAUGCAGACAUCAAACAACCCGAUUAUAUUGAUGAUCACCCCCGAGCGGAUUUACCUGCAGGAGAUCAAGGCUCAGUCGGCCAAGUCGCGCAUCAUGGACGUGGUGGGCAUUCGUCAUGCAGUUGCUGGAGUGGAGAAGACCACUCUGCUUCUGCUCUGCGAGGACGGCAGCCUGAGGAUCUUCUCCGCUCAGCCGGAGCACACUAGCUUCUGGCUGUCGCCGCAGGUUCAGCCGUUCGGUAACCAGCUGUACUCGUCCACUCUGAUGGCAAAGGGCGGAGUAACCGCCACGCCCAAGUGCAAAUCCAAUGCGGCAUCCGGGAAGCUGAACAACAGAAAGGCCAGUCAGCAGCAGAAGCAACUGACGGCUGGCGAACAGGUUGUGUUCCCCAUCGACUUCUUCGAGCACUGCAACAUGCUGGCCGACGUGGAGUUCGGAGGUAACGAUCUGCUCCAGAUCUACAACAAACAAAAGCUAAAGACGCGCCUUUUCUCCACGGGAAUGUUCGUGGCCAGCACCCGAGCGAAUGGCUUCACCCUGGAGGUGAUCAACAACGAUCCCAAUGUGGUCAUCGUUGGCAUCCGAGUGCUUAUUGGCACCCAGGACGUGCAGCGUGCUCCGCAGUCGGUGACGAUCUUGGGACGCACUAUUCCCACGCCUGUGAGGAAGGCUCGCUGGUUCGACAUCCCGCUGAUCCGCGAGGAGAUGCUCCAGUCGGACAAGCUGCUGAAAGUGGUGUUUGCCAAGUCCCAAGACCCCGAAAAUGUGACUCUGCUGGAUUGCAUCGAAGUGUACGGGAAGUCCAAGGAGCUCGUGGGCUGGCCCGACGACAGCGAGGAUGCCGCUGCCCCGGGAUCAAGUGUGCCCCCAGUGUCCUCCUCCCAGGCGAGCAGCGCCAACUUCGGCGAGGGAUUCAACUGCAUCACGCAGCUGGACCGGAUGGUCAAUCACCUGCUGGAAGUAAUGGACUGUGCGCUGCACCUUUUGGGAUCCGGAGUGCCGGCUCCCAUUCGCCAGAAGGCAGUGAAGACAGCGAGUGCCCUCCUGCUGCUGCCCACACCCAAUCCUGUCCAGACCCAGGCGCGAUAUGUCCUGGCCACGCUUUACGGAACCAGGGCGGCGUACCACAACUACAAGGACGGCGUGCUGCUUCAGUUCGUCCAUGGAGAACUGCAGGCUAUGCAGCCAAAGCUCGAGAAACUGGAGUCUCUGCAGGAGAUCGAUCCCGAGGCCUUCUACCGCCUGAUUCUCCUGGUUCGUGGCAUUGCCAACGCCCGUCCGCAAUCUCUGGCGAAGAUCUGCGCGGAUAACAACUACGAUAUUGUGCCAACUCUGAUGGGUUUCGUCCUGGAGCUGCACAAGGUCACACCGGCGCUGGAUGAACCGAUGAACAUUGUGAAGCGAGGCCUGUGCCAGGCGGAGACCAUUGUCCACUGCCUGGUGGAGAUUAUGUACGGAUUUGCCCUCGCCGAUCCCGGCCAGGUUGGCCGCAUGACCAAGUACUUCAUUGAUUUGCUGAAGCACGACGCCAGUGUGAUUAGCCACAGUGCCAAGGAGGCGUUGAUCCUGUUGCUGAGUCCGCGAUUGAAGCGCCGAAAGGUGGCCAUAGUCACACCGCCCGCCUGCUCCACACCCACACCGUCCACAUCCGCCAUGCAGGCGCUGCAAGCGGUGGCCGACUCGGCUGCCAGCGACAUCAUCGAGGAGGCGGCUGCCGUCGCUGUGGAUGCGGGAGCCGGGGGUGGAGGUGGACUGCCCGAUGCCAAUCCGGACGCCGAAGGAGGAGUAGUUGGCGUAGGUGGAGCAGUGGGUCAGCAGCAGAUGCUCAACCUGGAGGCCUUCAUGAGCAGCGGCUUCCCUCGGCUACUCGGACUGCCCGAACAUGCCGACGACGAGGCCAUCAUGGACAUUGCCAUCGCCUUGAGCCUGCAACAACAUGGUGGCGAUGCGAACGCUUUGCAAACCCUUCAGCAAGGAUUGGCCAAUCUCCAGGGCAUCCGACAGGCCAUGGAAGCGGCCGUGAGUGCGGCGGCCAGUGUGUCCGCUGGAGGUUCGGAUGACGAUGAAGGCUCGAAUGUGGCAACCGAUGGCUCCACGUUGCGCACUUCCCCCGCGGAACCAGCGGGCAGUGGAGGUUCCGAAAGCGGAGGCAGUGGAGUGGAGAGCAUUGGUGGUACGUCUGCACGCAGUAGCAACUUUGGCGACCACCCGAAUGCCUCGCCGCCGCGGCAGGGUUCCGCCAAAGAUGAUCAGGAGCAACCGGGUCCCAGCGGCUUGUGUGGCUCCACUGGCGUCGCUGGCCUGAGCACCAUGAGCAGUAGUGAGGAUAACGAAAUUAACGAGGACGAGAAGCUUAGCAAGCUACAUGAUCUAAGGAUUGCUGUGCUCGAGAGCAUUAUCCAACACCUGGGAACCUUUGACUUGUGCAAUGGCCUUCAAGCCAUACCGCUCAUCCAGGUGAUCCUCAUGCUGACCACCGAUCUGAAUGGCAACAACGAGCGGGAUCAACAAGUGCUCCAAGAACUGCUCACUGCUCUGGUGGACUAUGUGGAAAUUGGCAAGAGAGGAGCGGCUUCAAGGAUGGAAACCAAGUGUCCUGGCAACGAAGUUCGACUGGCAUUGCUGUCCCUUUUCGGGGUGAUGAUGGGCAAGACCAAGUCAAAGCAGACGGGAACCACCUCGCCGCCGCAUCAGUUCAAGGACAACAGUUCCUUUGUGGCCAGCACCACGGCCAAUGUGCUCAGCAAGAGCGGAGCGUUCGUGUACGCCUUGGAGGCCCUCAACACGCUCCUGGUGCACUGGAAGAAUGUGCUGGGAGAUCCCUAUGCAGCGGGUGGUGGAACGGGUGCCUCACAAUCAGCCCAACCUGCCGUUGGAGCUUCAGGCCCCGGAGUUCAGCUCUUGAAGCCCAUUAAACAUGGCCCCAAACCGGACAUCUCCAUUCUGAUCCCACACAACUACCUGAAGAACUACCCGGAUAUCUUCGAGUCAUACGAUGGCCUGCUGACCGAGAUCAUUGUGCGAUUACCCUACCAGAUUCUGCGCCUGAGUAGCGCCCACCCGGACAACUACGACAGUGGUUUCUGCGAGGCCAUGACCUUCACUCUGUGCGAGUACAUGAUGCUUAACCUGAACACGCUGCUUCGGCGGCAGGUGAGGAAGCUACUCAUGUACAUCUGCGGCAGCAAGGAGAAGUUCCGCAUGUACCGCGACGGUCACUCUUUGGACGCCCACUUCCGAGUGGUUAAACGAGUGUGCAACAUUGUCAGCAGCAAGACUGGCGCUCCUUACAAUGCCAAUCCUCCCAUGCUCACCUACGACGCACUGGUGGAGCUGACGGAACACCUGCGAACCUGCCAGGAGAUCAGCCAGAUGCGCACUGGGAACUGGCAGAAGUUCUGUGUCGUCCACGAAGAUGCCCUCGCCAUGCUGAUGGAAAUCGCCUGUUACCAGUUGGACGAUGGCGUGUCCCCGAUUAUUAUCCAAUUGCUGCAGGCGGCUGUUUGCAACUUACCCGCUCCCAAUGGAUCCAAGCAGUCACAGCCUCAACCCUCGACCUCGUCAUCGGGAAAACUUCGGACCGAUCGGGAGAAGAGCGAGGAUACGGACGCCUACUACUCCAAAUUCGAUCCCGCCCAGUGUGGAACAUUUGUGCACCAGAUCUUUAGGUAUGCGUGCGAUGCGCUGAUCAUCCGAUUCGUGAGGAUCUUCCUGCUGGAGAACAACAUCAGCCAGCUGAGGUGGCAGGCGCACUCCUUCAUGACCGGACUCUUUGAGCACGCCAACGAGCGGCAGCGCGAAAAGCUCUUGAAUAUAUUCUGGAACCUGUGGCCACUGGUACCCACUUAUGGCCGGAGGACGGCGCAGUUUGUGGACCUCCUAGGCUACCUUACACUGAGCACCAGGAGCAUCACGGAGCGUCUGCCGGAGUUUGUGUCGCGUGCAGUGGAUGUUCUCCGCCAGCAGAACGAGUUGCUUUGCAAGCAUCCAAAUGCCCCGAUAUACACUACUCUGGAGUCCAUUCUUCAGGUAAAUGGCUACUACCUGGAAUCGGAGCCUUGUUUGGUGUGCAACAACCCGGAGGUUCCAAUGGCCAACAUCAAAUUGCCAUCCGUUAAGUCGGAUUCGAAGUACACCACAACCACCAUGAUUUACAAGCUGGUGCAAUGCCAUACCAUCUCCAAGUUGAUUGUACGAAUCGCUGACCUGAAGCGAACCAAGAUGGUGAGGACCAUCAAUGUGUACUACAACAACCGAAGUGUUCAGGCGGUGGUGGAGCUCAAGAAUCGUCCAGCAUUGUGGCACAAGGCUCGCUCCGUUUCCCUGCAAUCCGCGCAAACCGAAUUGAAGAUCGAUUUUCCGCUGCCGAUCACAGCUUGUAAUCUAAUGAUCGAGUUUGCAGAUUUCUUUGAAACUGUAAGUGGAUCCAGUGAGAAUCUCCAGUGUCCCAGGUGCAGUGCAGCGGUACCCGCCUAUCCGGGAGUCUGCGGAAACUGCGGAGAGAAUGUGUUCCAGUGCCACAAAUGUCGGGCCAUCAACUACGACGAGAAGGACCCGUUCCUGUGCCACUCGUGCGGCUUCUGCAAGUACGCCAAGUUCGAUUUCAGCAUGUAUGCACGCGUCUGCUGCGCCGUGGAUCCCAUAGAAUCUGCAGAGGAUCGGGUGAAGACCGUUUCGCUAAUACACAGCUCACUGGAGCGAGCGGAUAGGAUUUACCGCCAGCUGCUGACCAACAAGCAAAUGCUCGAACUGCUUAUCCAAAAGGUGGCCGAGCACCGAAGCAGCGACCGCAUGGUGGAGGACAACAUGGCCAGCGUGCACAGCACCUCGCAGGUCAACAAGAUCAUACAGCUGCUGGCCCAGAAAUACUGCGUGGAAUCACGCACCAGUUUCGAGGAACUUAGCAAGAUUGUGCAGAAGGUCAAGGCGUGUCGAAGCGAACUAGUGGCCUACGAUCGUCAACAACAGGACCAGCCACCGAUUAAUCCAGGAUCGACUUCCGGCGCCGAGAAUCCCACAACAAAUCGCUGCUACGGUUGUGCAUUGGCAUCCACCGAGCAGUGUCUUACACUCCUGCGUGCCAUGGCCUACAAUUACGAUUGUCGCGUUGGCUUGUACAGUCAGGGACUGGUUAGUGAGCUGGCGGAGCACAACCUGCGCCGGGGUACUCCUCAGAUUCAGGAGGAGGUGCGCAAUCUGUUGGUUGUGCUGACCAAGGAUAAUGCCGAGGCAUGCAUGCAUCUCCUGCAGUUGGUAACCACGCGCGUGAAGAACGCACUGAUGGGAUCGAUUCCCCUGAUCAGUUUGGAAGCAGCUGUGCACCAGGAGAUGACGCUGUUGGAAGUCCUGCUCGGACAGGACGAUGUUUGCUGGGAAUACAAGCUAAAGGUCAUCUUUGAGCUGUUUAUUAGUAAUUGCAGAUUGCCUCGUGGUCCUGUGACAUCGGUACUGCAUCCCUGCCUCCGCAUCAUGCAGAAUCUCAUCUGCCCAGUGCUGCCAAGCAGCAAGCCCAAUCAGAAGGUGGCCACGACGGAUCUGUGCAGCAUGAAGCUGCUCGAGGGAAAUACAGUGGACUACAGGGCCUGGCUAAACUCGGAUCGCAAUCACGAGUACGCAGCGUGGAGCAGCCGGAUGCCCAGCAACAACCAAGCCAAGCAGAAGAGCGCCAAGGAGCAGAACGCUCCUGCUGCAGCUGCACCAGAAGCCCCGCCAAAAACCAGAAGAGAAGUGCGGGCCGCCUUCCUGAGCGAAAAGUACGGAAAGCGAUGGCGGGAGCGUGUGCUGGACAAGCAACGGGUGACCAAGCCUUUGGUUUUCAACGCCAAGUGGAUCCAACCGUUGCUGUUCAAUGCGAACUCGAGAUUCGGUCGCCAGCUGGCAUGCUCCUUGCUGAGCAGCUUGAGCAGGACCAACGAGCGGCGGCAGCAAGCUCUCAACAUGCUUACGUCGUUCUUGAAGCACGUGGGUGAAGCUGGCGAGGCAAGUGCCGAGUACUUGAUGCUCUACAAGAGCAUGGCCACCGAGCAGCCCUGGCUGCAGUAUUUGGUGCUAAAGGGAGUGCUCAGCCAAAUCUCACAGCUUCUGGCGAUUGAAAUCAGCAAAGUGCAUCGCAUGGAGGAGCACUCGCUCUCCUCGGAUUUAUCACUGGGCUAUGCUCUGCGGCAGUAUGUGGAGCUGUUGUGGCUUCUUCUCGAGUGUCCCAACAUCCGCAGAACCUACAAGACGCGCAUGCUCGGUCCCGUCCUCGAAAGUUACCUGGCCCUCAGAAGCUUGGUGGUGCAGCGAACGCGACUCAUCGACGACGCCCAGGAGAAGCUUCUGGAGAUGCUGGAGGACAUGACCAGCGGCACCGAGGAGGAGACGCGUGCCUUCAUGGAAAUCCUCAUCGACACCGUAGAGAAGACGCGCAUGAACGACAUCAAAACGCCGGUGUUUAUCUUCGAGCGAUUGUACUCCAUCAUACAUCCCGAGGAGCACGACGAGAGCGAGUUCUACAUGACGCUGGAGAAGGAUCCCCAGCAGGAGGACUUCUUGCAGGGUCGAAUGUUGGGCAAUCCCUAUCCCUCCAGCGAAAUGGGACUGGGUCCGCUGAUGCGGGAUGUCAAGAACAAGAUCUGCACAGACUGCGAACUGAUUGCGCUGCUGGAAGAUGAUAACGGUAUGGAACUGCUGGUGAACAACAAGAUCAUUAGCCUCGAUCUGCCCGUCAAGGAUGUGUACAAAAAGGUUUGGCUAGCCGAAGGAGGCGAUCGGGAUGCCAUGAGGAUUGUAUAUCGCAUGCGCGGUCUUCUGGGAGACGCCACCGAGGAGUUUGUCGAGACGCUCAACAACAAGAGCCAGGAGCAGGUGGACACCGAGCAACUCUAUCGCAUGGCCAACGUGCUGGCCGAUUGCAACGGCCUGCGCGUAAUGCUGGACAGGAUUGGCAGCCUGCAGCGUAUAUCGCGUAACCGAGAGCUCAUCCAAGUACUGCUAAAGUUGUUCCUCAUCUGCGUGAAAGUGCGACGUUGCCAGGAGGUGCUGUGCCAGCCGGAAAUUGGAGCCAUCAAUACGUUGCUUAAGGUGCUGCAAAUGUGUCUUCAGUCGGAGAACGAUUCGAUCCAGUCGGCGGUCACCGAGCAGUUGCUGGAGAUCAUGGAGACGAUCCUCUCGAAGGCGGCCAGCGAUACCUUGGAUUCGUUCCUGCAAUUCUCGCUGACAUUCGGUGGACCCGAGUAUGUCAGCGCGUUGAUAUCGUGCACCGACUGUCCGAACGUGAGGAACAAUCCCUCCGUGUUGCGCCAUCUCAUCCGCGUUCUGGCCGCCCUGGUUUAUGGCAACGAGGUGAAGAUGGCUCUGCUUUGUGAGCACUUUAAGGACACUCUUAGCUUCAAGCGCUUCGACAACGAACGAACACCCGAGGAAGAGUUUAAGCUGGAACUCUUCUGCGUGCUAACCAACCAAAUCGAGCACAACUGCAUUGGCGGCACCCUCAAAGACUACAUUGUGAGCCUGGGCAUCGUGGAGCGAUCCCUGGCCUACAUCACCGAGCAUGCGCCCUGUGUCAAACCCACUCUCCUGCGAACCGACUCCGAUGAGCUGAAGGAGUUCAUAUCACGCCCGAGCUUGAAGUACAUACUCCGCUUCCUCACCGGCCUCUCGAACCAUCAUGAGGCCACCCAGGUGGCCAUUAGCAAGGACAUCAUACCCAUUAUUCAUCGGCUGGAGCAAGUGUCCAGCGAUGAGCACGUAGGCAGUCUGGCCGAGAACCUCCUGGAAGCGCUCUCCACCGAUUCGGCAACGGCAGCCAGGGUGCAACAAGUGCGCGACUUCACGCGGGCGGAGAAAAAGCGUCUGGCAAUGGCCACGCGAGAGAAACAGCUCGAUGCCCUCGGAAUGCGCACAAAUGAAAAGGGCCAGGUGACUGCCAAGGGUUCCAUCCUGCAGAAGAUCGAAAAGCUGCGCGACGAAACUGGUCUGACCUGCUUCAUUUGCCGCGAGGGCUACGCCUGCCAGCCAGACAAGGUUCUGGGCAUCUACACCUUCACCAAGCGCUGCAACGUCGAGGAGUUCGAGCUCAAGUCGAGGAAGACCAUUGGCUACACCACGGUCACCCACUUCAACGUGGUUCACGUGGACUGCCACACAUCGGCGAUACGAUUGACGCGCGGCAGGGAUGAAUGGGAGCGCGCCAGUUUGCAGAACGCCAACACCAGAUGCAAUGGCUUGCUGCCUCUUUGGGGUCCCGCCGUUGGUGAGGCGGCCUUCUCCGCCUGCAUGACCCGGCACAGCAGCUACAUGCAGGAGAGCACCCAGCGCUGCGACAUCUCGUACACGAGCAGCGUGCAUGACUUGAAGCUUCUGCUGGUUCGAUUCGCCUGGGAACGAAGCUUCCACGACGAUGCCGGCGGCGGUGGUCCGCAGUCGAACAUGCACUUCGUGCCCUACCUGCUCUUCUACUCCGUUUAUCUGCUCCUCUCCUCGCGAUCCGCGGCCAGGGACAGCAAGACCCUGCUCACGUACUUGCAGGCGGCGCCCAGCGAAAAGUGGCUGGAGUGUGGCUACGAGGUGGACGGUCCGCUGUACAUGGCAACCAUUUCGCUCUCGCUGCACAGCCGAGAGCUGUGGAACAAGCACAAGCUGGCGCAUCUGAAGCGGAUGCUAGCGGUGGCCCAGGCCCGUCACGUCUCGCCCUCUGUGCUGUGCAAGGCGUUGUUGUCGCCGGCGGAUCGCCAGGUGAAGGAGUACAGUGUGUACAAGCCCUUCCUCAUGAUGUGGGCCCUGGUGGACCUGAUCUACAACAACCUGUUGAAGGUUACAACGCCCAAGGAGGAGGACUGGCCGAUCGCGCUGUUCGACUACCUGCGCAAGAACGACGAGGCUCUUCUGAAGUCCACUGACGGCAUCCUGCAAACGCUGACGGAUGAGUUCCUGCCGUGCACUUCGUUCGGCGAGUUCUGCGAUGUGGCAGGACUUCUACAUCUCAUCGAGCAGCCGGAUAGUUUUAUCGAGGAAAUCCUCGAAGCUCUGCCUUCAACCACAAGCUCUAGUUAAAAUACAAUCGUUGACUCUAACCAACUAAACCGUAGAACUCGUAGCAAUGGAUUGCUUAUAUAUUUAAACUUACACCAUAAAUAUAUAUUUAUCACAUAAAAAUAUUUAAUCAAUAAAAAUUAUUCGUUUGCACAAUGGA